AGAAGCAGCAGAACCACUGGACGUCUGCACACAACUCUGAUGAUUUCAGCACGAUUUCAGCUUCAGUAACUACUUUAAUAGUUGAGUUAUUGUAGGGUGACUGAUGAAGAAGAUGAGGAUGAAGAUGCUGUGGCCGUUUGCGGUGAUUUUCUCCUCAGUGGUUUGUGUGGAGGCUCAGCAGAGAGGUCUGUUUCCUGCUAUCCUGAACCUCGCCAGCAAUGCCGAAAUCAGCACGAACGCCACCUGUGGCGACCCGGUUCCUGAGAUGUACUGUAAACUGGUGGAACACGUUCCCGGAAGACGAAUCCGUAACCCUCAGUGUCGGAUCUGUGAUGCAAACAGCCAGAACCCCAAAGAGCAACAUCCCAUUACGAACGCCAUCGACGGCACCAACCAGUGGUGGCAGAGCCCGAGCAUCAAGAACGGCCGUCAGUUCCACUGGGUCACCGUCACUCUGGACUUACGACAGGUCUUCCAGGUGGCUUACAUCAUCAUCAAAGCAGCGAACUCCCCGCGGCCCGGGAACUGGAUUCUGGAGCGUUCUCUGGACGGAGUGAACUUCCAGCCGUGGCAGUACUACGCCAUCAGCGACACCGAGUGUCUGACCCGAUACAACAUCACGCCCCGCCUCGGGCCGCCCACGUACAAGAGAGACGACGAGGUCAUCUGUACGUCCUACUACUCACGCCUGGUGCCGCUGGAGCACGGCGAGAUCCACACGUCUCUCAUAAACGGCCGUCCCAGCGCUGAUGAUCUGACCCCAGAGCUGCUGGAGUUCACCUCCGCUCGAUUCAUCCGCCUGCGUCUGCAGAGAAUCCGAACGCUCAACGCCGACCUCAUGACCCUCAGCUACCGCGACCCCAAAGAUGUGGACCCCAUCGUCACCCGACGGUAUUAUUACUCCAUCAAGGACAUCUCGGUGGGCGGGAUGUGUAUCUGUUAUGGCCACGCCCAGAGCUGCCCCUGGGACCCUGUUACCAAGAAGCUGCAGUGUGUGUGUGAGCACAACACUUGUGGCGAGAGCUGUAAUGAGUGUUGCCCUGGAUACCAUCAGGAGCCGUGGCAACCUGGAACGCUUUCCGACGGAAACACAUGCGAGAAAUGUAACUGUCACAACAAGGCCGGCGACUGUUACUACAACCAGACGGUGGCGGAUCUGCGUCUGAGCAUGAACACACACGGUCAGUUUGUGGGAGGAGGAGUGUGUGUGAACUGCUCGCAGAACACGGCCGGAGUGAACUGCCAAACCUGUGCGGACGGAUACUACAGACCACACCAGGUGUCUCCGUACGCUGAUAACCCGUGUGUCGAGUGUCAGUGUGACACGAGAGGUUCCGCGAGUGCCGUGUGCAUCAGAGACGACAAUCACGCAAACCCAGACGCAGGUCUGUCCGCGGGUCAGUGUUUGUGUAAGCACGGUUUUGCGGGUGACAAGUGUGACCGCUGUGCAUUCGGGUUCAGGAAUUUCCCACAAUGCACUCGCUGUGAGUGUAACCUGGCCGGAAGCCACAACGUCGACCCGUGCAGCGAGUGUGUGUGCAAGGUGAAUGUGAUGGGCUCUAACUGUGAUCUGUGUAAGCAGGGUUUCUAUAACCUGCAGGCCAGUAAUCCCGAGGGCUGCACCGAGUGCUUCUGUUUCGGCGUGUCGGAUGUGUGUGAGAGCUCCACAUGGUUCACCAGCGCGGUGGAGCACAGAGACGGUGUUCUCCAUCGCUCUCUUCAGAGCUCCUCCGUCUUCACGUCUCCCGUCUCAGAUGACAACCUCAUCGUCUCGAACGUCUCAGCGUCCGCGGGUGUCCUGUCCGUGUGGUCGUGGGCCGCACCCGAGUCUUUUCUCAACAACAAGUUGACGUCAUAUGGAAGUUUCUUGAACUACAGCGUUGCUUACGACACGUCUGAGGAAAAUGUGGACAAAACGCUUCAAGCUCAUUUCAGUGUGAUUAUUGAGGGUAACGGGCGGACGCUGCGUCAGUCUCUGUCCGCUCAUCUGCUGCUGAACGCUCACACGGAGCAGCGCGUUUCUCUCCAGAUGCUGCCGCGCGUCUUCACGGACGCUCACGGCGGGAGCAGCGUUCAGAGAGACGAGCUGAUGACGGUGCUGGCGGAUGUUGCUGCGCUCAGGGUUCGAGCUCAGCUGGAGAACAACGCUGAGGGAUCGCUCAGGUUGAGCUCCGUGUCUUUAGGUGUUGGAGACACAAACUCGGGUCUUUCUAAAAUCCCUCUGGAUGUGGAGCAGUGCGAGUGUCCGUGGGGUUACUCAGGCACUUCCUGUGAGUACUGUAUUCCUGGGUUUUAUCGGGUCGGUGGGAUUCUGUUCGGGGGAAACUGUCUUCAGUGCGAGUGUAACGAUCACGCAACCGAGUGCGACAUCAACGGAGAAUGUCUGGGCUGCGCGCACAACACCACGGGGCCUCACUGCGAUCAGUGCAUGCCGGGUUUCUAUGGCGACGCCAGCGAGGGCACGCCGGACGACUGCCAGAGAUGCGCCUGCCCGCUGACACUGGCGUCCAACAAUUUUAGCCCCACAUGCGUGCUGCAGGGUCCCGGUGAGUUCACGUGUGAUCAGUGCCAGCUGGGAUACGCAGGAGCCAAGUGUGAGCGGUGUGCUAACGGUUAUUAUGGAGACCCUGCGGUGCCGGGCCAGCGGUGUUCGGCGUGUGAGUGUAACGGUAACGUGGAUCCGGCCGAAGCGGGUCACUGCGACGGGCGCACAGGAGAGUGUCUGAAGUGUUUGGGUCACACGGCGGGUCGGCACUGCGAGCGAUGCGCGGACGGGUUCUACGGAGACGCCGUCACGCACAAAAACUGCCAGGCCUGUGGUUGCUAUGGUAACGGCUCUCUGUCCACCGUGUGUAACGUGAUCACGGGUCAGUGUGAAUGUAAGACCAACGUGGUCGGACAAACGUGUGACCGCUGUCAGGCGGGUUAUUACGGUAUCAACAGCGGCAAUGGCUGCAGACUGUGUGAAUGUAACCAAUCAGGCUCUCUGUCUGCGUCAUGUGACGAGGAGGGGCGGUGUCAGUGCAUCACCGGAGUGUCGGGUGAUAAAUGUGACCGGUGUGAGCGCGGAUACUACAGAUUCACAGAGAGCGGAUGCACACCGUGUGACUGCGCGCACACACACGGAAACUGUAACGCAGACACGGGCGAGUGUAUCUGUCCUCCGCACACACACGGCCCGAAGUGUGAGGAGUGUGAGGAAGGUCACUGGGGUCACGACGGCGUGUCGGGCUGUAAGGCGUGCGAGUGCAGCGGCGUGGGCUCGAGCGCGUCUCAGUGCGACCUGCGGUCGGGUCAGUGUCUCUGCAGGCCGCAGUUCUCCGGUCUCAGGUGCGACCGCUGCGCUUUGGGCUACAAACGCUUCCCAGAAUGCACCGCCUGCAACUGCAACCCCAACGGCACGCGAGAGGAGUUCUGCGACCCGGCGCUGGGAGUGUGUGGAUGCGAGGAUCACGGCCAGUGUUCCUGCAAGGAGAAUGUGGGCGGCAGCGGCUGUGACGAGUGUAAGAGCGGGACGUUCGGUCUGACGGCUCACAAUCCGUCCGGCUGCAGUCCGUGCUUCUGUUUCGGAGUGUCAAGCGAUUGUGAAGAGCUCGGCGGAUUGAUCCGAGUGCCGAUCACGCUGGGUUCGGCUCCGGCUCUGCUGCGUGUCGUGUCUCAGAGUGACCUGCAGGGGACGCUGGAGGGCGUUUAUUACACCGAUCAAGAGAUGCUGCUGGACGCGUCUCACCUCCACAGUCUGUCUGUCCUCACCGCACCGUAUUACUGGAGACUCCCGCACAAAUACCACGGUAACAAGCUGCUGUCGUACGGAGGAAGUCUCUCCUACACUGUAGCGUUUUUCGCUCGGGACGGCGUGGGACUGGCCAAUCACGAGCCUCAGGUCCUGAUGAGGGGCGGACACCUGCGCAAGCUGGUCAUCUACACCGACCUUCCGGCACCUGAGAACAGCGUCCGCACCAGACAGGAGGUUCCUCUGACUGAGCACAAGUGGAAGUAUUUCAACUCGGUGUCUGAUGAAGCCGUGAGUCACGCCGACUUCAUGUCAGUGCUGAGUAACGUGGAGUACAUCGUCAUCAAAGCGUCAUACGGCUCAGGACUGCAGCAGAGCAGGAUCUCGAAUAUCUCGAUGGAAACGGCGCUGGAGGCGGACGAGGUUCCUCAGGGCGGAGACGUGGCGCGGCUGGUGGAGACGUGCGAGUGUCCGCUGGGAUACGCUGGACUCUCGUGUCAGGAGUGUGCGCCGGGAUAUUACCGCCAGGCCGUGUCUGAGCUCAAUAUGAAGGGAAGAAACCGUCCGCUCAUUCAGCCCUGCGUCCCCUGCCAGUGCAACAACCACAGCCUGUCAUGUGACCUGGAAACAGGCGAAUGUGUGGGAUGCCAGCACAACACCGCCGGAGAGCACUGCCACGUGUGCGCCGCAGGGUAUUAUGGGAAGGUGCGGGGCUCCGUCAGCGACUGCUCGCUGUGCGCCUGUCCGCUGCGGGGUCAGAGUUUCAGCUCGACGUGUGUGUUAGAGGGCGCCGGUGAUUUCCGCUGCGAUCGCUGUGAGGAGGGAUACGAGGGCCGUUACUGUGAGAGGUGUUCGGUGGGUUUCUAUGGUAACCCGUCUGAGCCGGGUGGGCGGUGCCAGGCGUGUCAGUGCAGCGGGGCGGGGUCAGUGCACGCCGUCUGUGACGGACGCACCGGCAGGUGUGAGUGUAAGGUCGGGGUCAGAGGUCAUCUGUGUGACCAGUGCGAGGAGAGACACGUGCUGGUCAGCGAGCAGUGUGUGUCGUGUGAUGACGACUGCACCGGAGUGCUGCUGGACGAUCUGGACGCUUUAGAUGGAUCCAUCGCCUCUCUGAACCUGUCGGGUGUCAUUCUCGCACCCUACAGUCAGCUGAUGACCCUCGAGAACCAGACCAGAGAGGUUAAGAGUUUGAUGUCGUGGGAGCAGAGCACAGAUUAUCAGAUGACCACAGGAGAGGAACGUCUGAGCAACCUGAGCAGUCGAAUCACUGACCUACAGCAGCAGGUCCAGAGUGUGUUUGAUGGCAGUGAAGAUGUGCUGCUGACCUCAGAGGAGAAAGUCACUCAGGGCAAACAGCUGCUGGACCUCAUCAACAACAUUCAUUCUGCCAUUCAUGGCCUGAUGGAGCAGGUGAGUUCAGUGAACGUGACAGUGAGCGACGAUCUGAAUGGGAUGAACAGCACCUUCCUGCUGGAGGAGACGAGCAACAUAUUAGAGAAGAUCAGGACCUUCAAUCUGACACACUGCAGCUUCACUGCGGAGGACGAGCUCAGCUCUGCAGUGUCUGUGCUGGAGAAGGUUCAAGAUGAGGUGUCCAAACCCUACAGUCACAGCCGCUUCAGACAGGAGAACAUCUCCACAGCCCUCAGCACAUACAACCAGCAGCUCCUGCAGGUCCAGGAGGCCCUGAACACGGCCAAGAGCCACAACAACCACAGCCGACACCUGCUCGAGGACAUCCACACCAACCUACAGACGCUCACUAUCUCCAGGAGUAAUCUCAGCAGCCUGAACCAGGAAGUAGAAACGCAGGUACAGGAAGCUCAAGACCUGCUGACCGACGCUCUCAAUAUCGCUGAAGACAUGGGCAACGGCACAGCCACUCUGGAUGAGAUGAGGAACGAUCUGGAAGGAUGGAGUCCGACUCUCAGGAAGCACGUGGAUGCUUUAGUGAUGGAUUUGACCAAAAGAGACGCCCUACAGCUGGUCUACAGAGCCGAGGAUCACGCGCAAGCUCUUAGCAAACAGGCACAAGCUCUUAACAGUUCUCUGUCUGAGGUCAGAUCGGCAGCAGCAAACACCACCAGCGCCACACAAACCAACAGCAACAUCAGAGAAAACGUACAGCUGGCUGAAGAUCUGGCCCACGCCGCCAAUCAGAACGCUAGCUCCGCCCUCAAUCUGACGUCUGAGUCUGAGGACUCGCUGACUGAGCAGGGGAAGACGGCGCUUCAGAAGAGCUCAGAGAUUCUGAACACCAGCGGAUCCUUGAAGAACCAAACAGAAGGGCUGGUGUUUAACGUCAGUGAAGUGACCAGAAGGUUGAGUCUGGUUAGAGCGAACGUUCAGAACUUCACACAGCUGCUUCCAGAAACCCUGAAAAUCCUCAGGAACCUUCCUAAUGACAGCAGAGCUGAAGUCCUCGAGGCGAAGCAGCAGGCAGAAGCGGCGAAUGCGUCUUUACAGGAUGCGCUGGAGCGUCUGGAGGAUUAUCGCGUGAAGCUGGACGAGUCGUCUUCUGCUGUGGGCUCGGCUAAUACCAGCAUCAGGAGCACCAACGAGCUGGUCAGAGACUCAGAGGAGACCGCCAACAUGGCCAGAUCCAGACUGAACGAGGCUCACCUGAAGGCCGAGCGGCUGUUUGACCGUCUGAAGCCUCUGCAGACGCUGGGAGAAAACCUGAGCAGAAACCUGUCUGAAAUCAAAGAGCUGAUCAAUCAAGCCCGCAAACAGGCGGCGUCGAUUAAAGUGGCCGUUUCGGCGGACCGGGAUUGUGUGCGAGCGUACAGACCAGAGGUGACGUCCAGUAACUUCAACACACUCACGCUGACCAUGAAGACCAGCGAACCGGACAACCUGCUCUUCUAUAUGGGCAGCAGCACCAGCGAGGACUUUAUGGCUUUGGAGAUGCGUUAUGGGAAGGUGUCCUUCCUGUGGGACACUGGCUCCGGACACACCAGACUGGAGUAUCCCAACGUUCAGAUCAACAACGACAAGUGGCACAGGAUCAAUGCGACGCGGUUCGGGAGACACGGGACCCUCACCGUCCAGCAGACGGACUCUGAGCCGCUGCCCGCCGUCAAGACCACAGCGUCUGGAUCCUCCACCGUUAUGGACAUCAACAAAUCCACCUGGGUGUUUGUCGGGGGUCUCGGUGGACAGGUGAAGAAAUCCUCAGCGGUGAAAAUGACCCACUUCAAAGGCUGCAUGGGUGAAGCUUCGCUCAACGAGAACAACAUCGGCUUGUGGAACUACGCUGAGAGACAGGGAGAGUGUGGCGGCUGCUUCAUGAGCCCGCGCACUGAAGACACGUCGUUCCACUUCGACGGCAGCGGUUUCUCUGUGGUGGAGAAGUCUCUGCGCUCCAUGUCCACCAGCGUCAUCAUGUUCUUCAAAACUCUCUCUCCCAACGGUCUGCUGCUGUAUCUGGCCUCCAACGGCACCAGAGACUUCCUGUCCAUCGAGCUGGUGAAAGGGAAGGUUCAUUUGACCUUUGAACUGGGCUCUGGAGCGCUGACCAUGACCUCCAACAAAACGUACAACACGGGCACCUGGUACAGAAUCGCCCUGCAGAGGAACAAGCGCAGAGGUCAUUUGUCGGUGAUGGCGGCUGAUAACCCCUCAGAGCGAGAGGUCAUGGAGGCGGAGUCUCCGGGUUCGGCCUCUGACCUCAAUCGCUCUGACCUCGACCCCAUCUACAUCGGUGGAUUACCGGCAUCUCGACCAAUCAGGAGGCAGGUUGUCGCUCGCUCUUUCGUCGGCUGUAUGAAGAAUGUCGAAAUCGCUCGUACAAACUUCGACCUGCUCAGAGAGUCGUAUGGAGUGAAGAAAGGCUGCGUCCUCAAGCCGAUCCGCGGCAUGUCCGUAUUCGGCGGAGGUUUUCUGGAGAUGCCGGCCGUCCUCUUGGCUCCUCAGACCGAGAUCAUGAGCACCUUCUCCAGCAGACGCGAGCACGGCGUGAUCCUGGCGGGAUUGAGCAGGAGCGCGGGACGCUCGCGCCGACACACGCAGCAGCCGUUCCUCCUGGUGAUGCUCGAGUCCGGAUCGCUGGAGGUUCAUGUGGGCGUGGCAGAGGGCGGAGCCGUACACAAAGCAGUCGUCAAAUCACAGAACGGCUCCUUCAGUGACGGACAGGAGCAUUCGCUCAUACUGCAGAGGAACAAAAGGUCCAUCGCAGUGUUUGUGGACGAGCUGAAUCAGGCGGUGGUGAAGCUGGGCUCGUCUGCAGAUAAAGCUCUGGCUCUGGAGCGGCUCUUCAUCGGCGGUGUUCCUCCAGCAGAGGGCGCUGCGCUGACGGGAUCCAGCGGCUCCUUCUACGGCUGCAUCAGGAACACGGCGGUGGACGGCAUGUUGUUGGAUCUGUCCGCUGCUCUGCGUUAUGAGAACGUGGACAUGGACAGCUGUUUGCUGGAGGAGAGACCCAAACGUGUGGUUCUGCCCGAUGAACUGGAGCCGGAGCCGACCUCUGACCCCAACACGCGACCCCUCUCACCCCCGGUGGAGCUGAGCGCGCUCACACCCGGCAGCAGCAGCUGUGCAGUGGCGGAUCACACAGAAACCAUCCCAGAAUCCCUCCAGUUCGGACUGUCCCGACACAGUCACGUGAUCAUGGGCUUCAAGAAUAAAACCGUCAGAACCAGUUUUGCGGUGAAGCUGUCCGUUCGGACGUUCGCUCACAGCGGCGUUCUGUUCUACAUGGCCAACGCAAACCAGCAGGAUUACGCCGUUCUGCAGAUGCAGGGUGGGCGUGUCCUGCUGUCAUGUGACCUGGGGAAAGGCCCCGCCCACUCCACGCUGAGCACCUCUAUUAACGACGGCCUCUGGCACACGGUGAGUCCUCGUCACACCAUUUUAGCCCAAGAAUCGAAUGUUUUGAAAUGGAACUGUUAUUGAACAUCUAGUCCAAUCAUUUGCUCCAUC